AUGGAGGCGCCGGGGCCGCUGCCUGCCGCGACGACUCCGGCCCCCAGCCGGAGCCCCAGGCCGCUGCUGCUGCCGCUCCUGCUGCUCCUGCUGCUAGCCCAGGCUCUGCGGGGCUGGGAGGCAGAGGAGAGGCCCCGCACCCGUGAAGAGGAAUGCCACUUCUACGCGGGGGGACAAGUGUACCCGGGGGAGGCGUCCCGAGUUUCGGUCGCCGACCACUCCCUGCACCUCAGCAAAGCCAAGAUUUCCAAGCCAGCACCUUAUUGGGAAGGAACUGCUGUGAUAAAUGGAGAAUUUAAGGAGCUCAAGUUAACUGAUUAUCGUGGAAAAUACCUGGUCUUUUUCUUCUACCCACUUGAUUUCACUUUUGUGUGUCCAACUGAAAUUAUCGCCUUUGGUGAUAGAAUUGAAGAAUUUCGAUCUAUAAACACUGAAGUUGUGGCAUGCUCCGUCGAUUCGCAGUUUACCCAUUUGGCCUGGAUUAACACCCCACGAAGACAAGGAGGACUUGGGCCAAUAAAGAUUCCACUUCUUUCAGAUCUGACCCAUCAGAUCUCCAAGGACUAUGGCGUAUAUCUGGAAGACUCAGGCCACACUCUUAGAGGCCUCUUCAUUAUUGAUGACAAAGGGAUCCUAAGACAGAUUACCCUGAAUGACCUUCCUGUGGGUAGAUCGGUGGAUGAGACGCUGCGUUUGGUUCAAGCAUUCCAGUACACCGAUAAACAUGGAGAAGUCUGCCCUGCUGGCUGGAAACCUGGUAGUGAAACAAUAAUCCCAGAUCCAGCUGGAAAACUGAAGUAUUUCGACAAACUGAACUGAAAAUACUUCCUCAGGGGCUUUGGGCCUGUCCUGUUGCUCCUUUGGAGGCGGACGGAGAACUGACCCCUAAAAAUAUAGUUUUAAAGAUCCACCUUCCUGAGGCUCAACCUUACAAUUUUUUUCAAUUAAAAAAUUCAAAAGCCAAGUGAAACACCCAAAUUCACCUACAUCAUGCAUCUGUUCAUAAAGAAAAUAUUUAUUACCUACAUGUGUGCAAGGUACUUUGCUAGGCAAUGUGGAUAAAAAGACAUGACACAAUCUCUUCCAUCAAGAAGCCCACAGUCUCCCAAAUGAAAGCAUGAAGAAAGCAAUACGGUGUAAUAAAUGCUAGAAACACUGUCACUGUGGUGGCUCCAAAGCGAGCAUGAGCAACAAGGAAAAACUGGGCUGAGGGAAGGGGUCACAGAGAAGGGGAGUAUAAACCCAUUUCCUGUUCCUCCACUGGAGGCCGCAUGGCCUGUGAGUGCGCCGUCCUCACGCAAAAAGACUGUACCUGAGGCCCAACUUCAAGAGACGGAGCACUGACUGGUUGUCUUCUCAUGAUAAUCUGCUGGGAGAUGGCACAUGCUCUAGAGCUGACUGCUAGGGUCAGGGGUCCAGGGUGUGGCCAAGGUGCGAGGGAAGGUAAGAACUGAGCCGGCAGGUGUGGUUUCCUUAACUUCAAAUUCUGGUCAUUUGUGUGGGUCAUCAACAGGAUCUGCAAGUUUUCUAUUAAAGGGAGUGCGCUGCAUUGUACCCCAAAGGCCACGAGAUGGCGCCCGGCGCACUAGAAUCCCUCAGCCACCUGCCAAGCACUGAGCCCCCUCUCAGGCUAAACCAAAAGAGCAACUACCUCGAGAACAUUUUUGUGUGUUUUUUAACCAAUCUUAAUUUAGAAAAACAUUACUAAAAAUUUCAGACCAAUUCAAAACUAAGUACAACUCAAGCAGGCAUCUUAAUUUGUACUGGGUGUACCCCCACCAAUGACCCUGACCCAGUUAGAAGUACAUUGUACAUCGUGACCUAGUUAGUACACAGGUAAAUGUGUGUGUGCACAUGCACGUGCCUAACAAGCUUCACACAAAACCAUCACCAUGCAUGACCCAUUCGGAACUAUUAGUUUUGUAGUGCUGGUCACAACCCACUAAAUUUCGUAACCCACUAAUGGAUCAUGACCCCUAGUUUGAAAUAUACACUUUCCUUACAAAUACAUAAGAUAUAAACUUGUAUGUAAAUAUAUAUAAAAUUAGGAUACAAUAAACACCUACUACAUCAAUA